ACAUAACCGCAAUUGCGCAAGUGAUCCCAGUAAGAAAGUUUCUUCGAUAGAGGGUGCCCCGAAAAGAAGUGCAGGGAUAUCGCUUUUUCUUUGCGCUUCUUGCGUAACUUUUGAAGUAGAUGGGUGGAACCGGAAUAUAAUCCCGACACGACACUCCCGAAACGAGAAGCGCACUUCGAAACAGAAUUACGCUAUAUCGGCAAAAGUGUGGCACAGAGCAGAAGAGUGAGGAACUUCUGAAGCAAGACCGUAAACAACACGCUCGAGAAACUCUGUUCUGUGUUCGUCGUGGUGAGACAUUCGAGUGGUGCGAUAUCUUGUAUUGAGCCGCCGUGAUUGUAAGACACGGAUUCUUCUCCUCGUUGUCCUCAACAUCGUGCGUGUUGCUAAACACAGCUGCCCCCACCCGCACGCUGUGUCUGAGUUGCAGUUAGUGGGACGGCGUUCCUCGUGAUCGGCCGAGUGGAAGCACUCCUGACUGACAGUGCGUGAAAUCCUCCGCGACUUGGACGCUCGAAGCGAGGCUUAUUUUCUGCUCGACGACUGAUAAACGGGAGCCCAGUCACCCGUUCAAUCCUUCCUUUAUCACAGAUUCCCAUGGCUGUUGACCUCGUGGGAGCCAGUAGCGGCAAACUCCUCUCUUGAACCAUGACUUCCAGCGUGGGCCUUCUAAUGGACACACCGAGCAGUACAGUCGUGUCGCAAUUUCUUAGCGGCAGCGUCAUGUUUGAUGUAGUUGAAAACACGACGUCUUCGCGCCUCGCCCCCUUCAUGGGCGAGGCCAACGACUCGAACAUCACGGGGAUCCCUGACCCCUCUGUCGUGGCCGCUGGUGGUAGCGGCGUCGCAGGAGCUGGAGACGCCGUCCUAUCGAUCGCUGUGCCAAUCCCGGAAGCUGUGGCCACUGUGCUGGUACUCUCUGCCAUCGUGGCCGGAACGGUGUUCGGCAACGUACUCGUCGUUCUCGCUAUAUUCACCUACAGGCCUCUACGUAGCGUGCAGAACAUGUUCAUUGUGUCACUCGCCGUCGCCGACAUUGCAGUGGCACUCCUGGUGAUGCCCUUCAACGUGGCUUACUCCAUUAUGGGUCGGUGGGUGUUCGGCUUGCACAUGUGCGAGCUGUGGCUCACCUGCGACGUUCUGUGCUGCACGGCUUCCAUCUUAAACCUGUGCGCCAUAGCGCUGGACCGAUACUGGGCCAUCCACGACCCCAUCAACUACGCGCAGAAGCGCACGCUGCGGCGGGUGCUGCUCUCCAUCGUGCUGGUGUGGGCCAUCAGCGGGCUCAUCUCGGUGCCACCCCUGAUUGGCUGGAACGACUGGCCCGAACAAUUUGACGAGACGUCACCCUGCCAGCUGACCGAGGAGCGCGGUUACGUGCUCUACUCGGCCAGUGGCUCCUUCUUCGCGCCCCUGCUCAUCAUGACCAUCGUGUACUUCAAGAUCUACCUGGCCACCAGGCGACGGCUGCGCAAGCGUGCCAAGGCAGUGGCAGCCACACUACAGGUGAAGCCUUCAGCACUGCAGUCCCUGCCACCUGCCAUGCACGAAAAUUCGUCGGCGGACUCUCCGCAGACCGAGCAAAGCCCAAUCGAUCCGGACAUGGACAGCGUGACGGCGAUCCGCACAGACGACAUUCCGGACGUCCGCGGAAAGACACAGCAGAACGGUGGCAAUGGUGCUGCUAGACUGGGCCCAUGCAGGCCCUCUCCCAACGUGAAGCAGUACAUGGAAGAGCGUCAGCGCAUCUCGCUCUCCAAGGAGCGGCGCGCGGCGCGUGUGCUGGGCAUUGUCAUGGGAGUGUUUGUGCUGUGCUGGCUUCCUUUCUUCCUCAUGUACGUCAUCUUGCCCUUCUGCCCGCAGUGCAGCAUCGCACCAAAGACGGUAAACUUCAUCACCUGGCUGGGUUACGUGAACUCUGCUCUGAACCCCGUGAUCUACACCGUGUUCAACAAUGACUUUAGGAAGGCGUUUCUCAAGAUCCUCUGCCGUCGGCGCAGCUGAGCUCACGAUAGAUCAGCAGUGCUACUGGGAGGUUUUCGUUCGAUACACGUACCCGUAACGAAAACUUGAUGGCAAAGGGUUCGGCCAUGGUGCGACACAGUCCCUUUGUGGAACACUUUCGUGCUUUGGGUAAUCACUCACUUGGUGCCGACCACUUUUUGAGCAUGUUGGCCGAAGAAAGGACGAAAUGUUUUUGACGCAUUUCGUUUGUGACAGCGUUGAACAGCGUCGAGGUGUCUUCCAAGUUGUAACGCUUAACGGCCGCGGCAAGGACAGUUUGACAUAUAGAAUUGUCAAACAGGGCAUUGACUAUAGGAAGCUGCUUUCGUUGGUUCAGCCGCGUCAGCAGGCGAAGCUCUCUCAGUCUCAUUCCGAAUGGAAAAUUUGAAAACAGCUUAUUGUAAUUAGGAACUAAGCACUUUCGUGUAUAUGUCUCGUAGUAACGUAUGUAAAUUAAAGUUUGCCAAACGUAGCUUCCGUUGGUACAUACUUGUAUUCGGUAAUUUGAGUAACCACUCCAGAUACGCACAAUGGUACGCCUCUUAGCGGGAAUUGUUGUCUCUGGAGAAUAAACAUUUGCCCUUUCAUUGUGGUAAAGAAUUUUCAAGAAUGCGUGGGACAUUAAUUGACCGAGUCAACAUCAUUGCCGAUUAACCGAACUUAUCUCCGUGAAAAUGUUUUCAAGAUUACGAAAUGUAUCUCGCAUAUCGUUUCAGCUGAUGGACAGCAGCUAUAUUAGGAGUACACCCUUUGAAAAAAUGCGGUGCCUUCAACACCCGACGGACUCCAUUUCAACUAUAAGAGUUGAGCUGUUAAAUAACUGUGGUGCUCAUUAUGUGUUAUGUUUCAUGCAUGUCUACGUGCUUAUUUGUUUCAUUACGAAGCAUGCCUGUAGAAAUUUUGACAGUGCUCUUGAAGACAUUGUACA